UUUGAUAGAUCAAAAUGAAAUUCCUGAUUCAAACACCCAAUUAUUUAUAAAUGAAAAUCAUGGAAAUUGUCAGGGGUGCCCAAACUUUUUCAUACGACUGUAAAAUACAAGAUGUUCGUCUUCCCAAAUUUAAACUAAACAAACUACUAUUAAUCUGAUUCUAUUGAAAAUAAUGAUAACCUCUCCUCUCAUAAUGACAGCUUCAGAGAGAGACGAGUUUAAGAGAACCAACGUUGAUGUUGAGGCUCGUUUCAAAAACCUGACUGAGGAGAGAGAUGACCUGAAGAGGAAGCUGACUAACUUAGGAUGGGAGUAUUUCAGCGGUAGUUUCUACUACAUUUCUUCUGUCGAGAAAACCUGGCCAAAGAGUAGAGCUGACUGUCUUCAAAAAGGUGCAGACCUGGUGAUUAUCAACAGCAAAGAAGAAGAGGAAUUCACAAGAAAGUUUGAGAAGAGACUGUGGAUUGGCCUGACUGACUUAGAGACAGAGGGGACGUGGAAAUGGGUGGAUGGGACUCCACUGACCAAAAGCUACUGGAAUUCCGAGGAGCCUAACGGUGGGAAAUGGGAGAACUGUGUGGAAACACAGAAUUUUCAUUAUGAAAACAGCUGGAAUGAUGUAAGCUGUUCUGCUUCACACCCUUGGAUCUGUGAAAUGAAAGUCCGUCCAUAACUCUACAACUAAACCCACCAGACAGAAAACUAAGGAUGAUAAAUAUAUUGCUGAUACAAUUUAAAUCUUCACAAAAGCAACCUGAAUAUGCUCAUGUGGACACAUCAUUUCCAAGUGAAAAUCAUUUCCAGCUCAGUGUGAGAUAAUCUGAAGCCUGGUUAUUUGCGCUGCAGUAAAGUGACCUGUUAACAUCUAGAAACAAAUGUCCAACGAGGGUCACUGCUUUGCCUGAAAAAAAUUAAAAACUACAAGAUGUUAUACAUGCUUUGAUUUAUU